AUGAAGCACAUAUUUUCCUCUUCCUGUUUAUGUACCCUUCUUUACAUUUUCUCCUCCUCCUGGCUCGUCAGCGGGGCUGCACCUAGCGCCAAAGACCAUUUCCCCGAGCUUGGAAAUACCCCAGGGGAAAAAGCGCUUCAAUUAAGAUCGCCCGGCAACCAGUUAAGGCAAUAUGAAAACAGGAAUUCAGAUGAAGGCCACGUGAAAAAAUGGAUAGGAGAAUUAAAUCAAGAUUUCAACCAGUUUAAAGAUAUAAAAUUUAAGGAAAUCGAAAAAACAGAAAAACAAAAGGAGGAAGCAUGGGACCAUUGGCUCACCCAUCUGGAACCAGAAUGGGUUACUUUUUCCAACUUUAUUGAAGAAAAAAAAAAAAGAUGGAUCCAGAAAAAGGAAGAAGAUUGGAAUUUAUGGAUAAAGGAUAUGGAACACAGAUGGGUUAAUUAUAAAAAGAAAAAGGACAGGAAAUUUCUAUCCAAGUAUAGAGACGGUACCUUAGAUUGUACUGAGCGUGAAUGGAACAUCAUGAUGAAAAGAGAAAUAGAAGAAUGUAUGAUCGCUGACUAUAAAAAAUGGAUGAGGGAUGCGGAAGAUAAUUUACAUAAAUGGAUAUCUAAAGAUAUUGAUAUAUGGAAGAGAAAAAAAUUUGAUGAAUGGUUAAAUGUAGAAUGGAAAAAAGAAGAAGAUACUUAUUGGUCAAGGGAUGAAAAUAUACCUUAUGGAGAUACCAUGAACCCAUUAUUCUCAGUAAUAAAAAAAUCCUUCGAUAUGUACAAUGCCAGAAAAAAGAAAGAACAGGAACAUUGGAACAAGCUAAUCGAAAAUAUUGGAAAAACACUUACCAAUAAAAAGUUCAAUGAAUGGGAAAACAUGAAAAGAAGCAAAAGCACUUAUUAUAGCCAGUGGAUGGAUUUCUUCCUCCAGGAGUGCUUAACUUCCAGAGUUAGAGGGCAUAGAUCCAAUUACUACUAA